UAUUCCUUUAUUUGCUCCCCUCUGUUUUACUCUUCCUUGUUGACCAACCUUAAGUCUACCUUCUGUUCCAGAUGUUACUCAGUCUGCAUUUACAGUUGUAUGAGAGCAGAGAGAGCAAGCGCUACAAUUAAGUGUUGAGAGAGUCACUAAGUAAUAAGGAUGUGUCCACUGGGCAGCAAACAAGUGCAAAGUUCAAAGCACACACCAGUGCGGUCCCUUUCCGCAUCCAAACACCUGUGCUUGUGUUGGAUUUCAAAAACAAACUUGUACGUAUUUCCUAUUUGAGUCGGGCUAACUGAUGGGGGUGUGGCACCAGUGGAUAAACAUAAUAAACAUUUCUGCGGAAUCAAAUACCAUUUGCAAACCAGCGUAGGGGAAAAAAAGAUGAAAACCUCCUGAAGGAAGGAAUGGGGACAUGGGAAGGUCAAUUUCUGGCUUGCUCGCUUCAUCUCUACUCCGCAUGCAGAAGGAAAAUGACGGGAAAACAAAAGCUAAAGGCGACACUGCUCUAAGUUUGAGGCACUUGGGAAAAGAGAAGGCCACAUCCCUAGUUAUUUUAGCGUCGGGUCCGCUGCACUGACAUCCCUCAGCCCAGACCGUCCUGGCUGCACUAGUCUUCCGACCCUCAGGCCAGCUCAAGAACCUUCCUCGCUGUCGCCUACCUCUAGACCUUUCCAGGCCACCCCUGAAACGCCCUGCAGCCGCCAUCUUACACAAUACUAUCGCGAGAUACUUAGCCGUCUGGAGCCUGACUCAUUUACUUUCUUGCGUGAUGUUCUCCUCGACUGUUCUCGCGGGGGAAAGUGUCGCGAGAGCUGGUUGCCUUGGCUCCCUGUAGCUAUAGCAGCCGCGGCGGUUAAGGAUGCGGCGGCAAGAGCGCUCUCUGGCACAGCUGGCUAUUCUAGUCACAGAGGAAGAGAGGAGAAGAGACUUUCCGAAGUUCUGGAUGGAAUGAUAGAAGAAGUUUGGGGCAUAUUAAACAACAGCAGCAGCAACAGCAACAAAAACCCCGUGUUAUUCAAACAAGCUUCUUAGCUUUGUGGAAUCUAUGUCAGUUGCUUAGGACUUGAGUUUUUACUUCAGAGGAUGAUGGGACAAGAGGAGGGUUGUGUUGGAUUCUUGCUGAUCUGUCUGCCUCUCCUUCCAGUUGGAAAACUCUUCAAUCCACAAGAAGCAUUAUUAACAAGCCUAAGGAACACACCCUACCCUGAUCCUGGAUUCUGUUGGAGUUGAGGAUUACAGCCACUUCACCAGGAUUUUAUGGAGGCAGUUCAAGAAAAAUAGAAGGAAGCAAUACUCAAGGAUUUCUGUUUGUGUUAAUCCUGUGCCGUGUUAAAUUUUGCGCCUUGUUUGGAGCAAGUGGGGGUCGGCUUGGUCAUGUGGAUCUAAGAGGAUACCUGCGGUCCUUGAGCUACAUCUGUGAUGUUUGGAAGGUUGUAAACGCAAAAUCAACACAUACUCAUUAACUUCUGGAUUCUCUUUCUAUUAAGGACCUCAGCAGACAGAAACUCCCUCCCCGAAAGAUACAAAACCUUCUCUGUGUUUUCAGGCUAAUUCUGAACGAUGUCUUGGAAGAGAAAUUAUUUUUCAGGAGGCCGUGGGAAUGUCCAAGGGAUGUUUGCACCUCGAAGCUCAACCUCCAUAGCCCCCAGCAAAGGGCUCAGCAAUGAGCCAGGACAAAACAGCUGCUUCCUCAACAGUGCCUUGCAGGUUUUGUGGCACUUGGACAUCUUCCGCCGUAGCUUCAGGCAGCUCACAACUCACAAAUGUAUGGGAGAUUCCUGCAUCUUUUGUGCUCUCAAGGGAAUCUUUAACCAGUUUCAAUGUAGUAGUGAAAAAGUGCUUCCAUCUGACACUCUCCGCAGUGCUCUGGCAAAGACCUUCCAGGAUGAACAGCGUUUCCAGCUGGGAAUCAUGGAUGAUGCUGCGGAGUGCUUUGAAAACCUGCUGAUGAGAAUUCACUUCCACAUUGCUGAUGAAACCAAAGAGGAUAUAUGUACUGCCCAACACUGCAUCUCCCACCAGAAAUUUGCAAUGACGUUGUUUGAGCAGUGUGUAUGUACCAGCUGUGGCGCCACUUCUGAUCCGCUGCCUUUUAUCCAGAUGGUGCAUUACAUCUCCACCACUUCCCUUUGCAAUCAGGCUAUUUGUAUGCUGGAAAGACGUGAAAAACCCUCACCAAGCAUGUUCGGUGAGCUGCUGCAGAAUGCCAGCACCAUGGGGGAUCUGCGAAACUGCCCAAGCAACUGUGGGGAGAGGAUUCGGAUUCGCCGUGUGCUGAUGAAUGCGCCCCAGAUUAUCACAAUCGGACUGGUCUGGGACUCAGACCACUCAGACUUGGCAGAGGAUGUUAUUCACAGCCUGGGUACCUGCCUCAAGUUGGGAGAUCUGUUUUACAGAGUAACAGAUGACCGAGCCAAGCAGUCUGAACUGUACUUAGUAGGAAUGAUCUGCUACUACGGCAAACAUUAUUCUACAUUCUUCUUCCAAACAAAGAUCCGCAAAUGGAUGUAUUUCGAUGAUGCUCAUGUCAAGGAGAUUGGGCCCAAAUGGAAGGAUGUGGUGACCAAAUGCAUCAAGGGGCAUUAUCAGCCUUUGCUGCUGCUUUAUGCAGACCCCCAGGGAACCCCAGUGUCCACCCAGGACCUGCCUCCCCAAGACGAGUUCCAGUCAUACAGCAGGACAUGCUACGAUAGUGAAGAUUCAGGACACCUGACUGAUAGUGAAUGUAAUCAGAAACUCACAUCCAAGAAAGGGUCUCUGAUAGAGCGCAAGAGGAGCUCUGGCCGGGUUAGGAGGAAAGGCGACGAGCCCCAGGCUUCAGGCUACCACAGUGAAGGAGAAACACUGAAAGAAAAGCAGGCUCCUAGGCAUGCCUCUAAACCAUCCAGCAGCACCAGCAGGUUAAGGGAUUUUAAAGAGACAGUCAGCAAUAUGAUCCAUCACAGACCAUCCCAGGCUUCUCAGACCAACCUGGGAUCUCCCUGUGGUGGGAGAGGAGACCAGACUGACAAGAAACCUCCUAGGAACCUGCUUUUACACUCUCAUGACUGGGAAGUAGAGAGUACCAGCAGUGAGUCAAAAUCCAGUUCUUCUAGCAAGUAUCGACCAACGUGGAGACCUAAACGGGAGUCUCUGAAUAUUGACAGUAUCUUUAGUAAGGACAAAAGGAAGCACUGUGGCUAUACCCAGCUUAGCCCAUUUUCUGAGGAUUCAGCCAAAGAAUUUACACCAGAUGAGCUAAGCAAGCCACCUACUUACGACUUUAAAACUGGUGGACCAAGCCCCCAGUACAAGCCCUGGGGCUCAGCACGGCCCGGGCCUCACCUUUUAGAGCAGCACCCUCGCCUCAUCCAGCGGAUGGAGUCUGGCUAUGAGAGCAGUGAGAGGAACAGCAGCAGCCCUGUCAGCCUGGAUGCCGCCCUGCCUGAGAGUGUCUGCAGGUAUUGUGGGGAGAUACCUUCCAAAAGUGAACUGGAUGAAUUGCAGGAAGAGGUGGCCAAGAGGGCCCAGGAGCAGGAACUUCGAAGGAAACGAGAGAAGGAAUUAGAGGCAGCUAAAGGGUUUAACCCUCACCCCAGCCGCUUUAUGGACUUGGAUGAACUGCAGAAUCAGGGGAGGAGUGACGGCUUUGCGAGGUCCCUGCAAGAGGCAGAUUCAGUGUUUGAAGAGGCGCUGCAUCUGGAACAGAAAGGAGACUGUGCUGCAGCCUUGGCCCUCUGUAACGAAGCUGUCUCUAAACUCAGACUUGCCCUGCAUGGUGCCAGCUCUAGCACGCACAGCAGAGCCCUAGUCGAUAAGAAGUUGCAAAUCAGUAUUCGAAAAGCCCGGAGCCUGCAGGAUCGCAUGCAGCAGCAGCAACCAUCGCAGCAGCCGUCGCAGCCCUCAGCCUGCCUCCCCUCACAGGGCGGGGCUCUCCCUCAGCCAACAAGUGAACAGCCUAUCCCGCUCCAAGUAUUGCUAAGCCAGGAGGCCCAACUGGAACCCUACACGAAUAUAGAGUUUGGGGCCAGUUCUUUCGUCUACUCACCUGCUUCCUGCCAGGAGUCACACUCAUCAGUAUUACCAGAGUCAUCUGCCCUGUCUGCCUCACAGUACAAUCCCCCAAGUAGGUCUGCCUCGAACCUUCUGAUUUCAGUAGAGGUGGACAGCAUUGACCCCUCUGUGUUCCCCAGGCAGGGCUUACCUAAAACACCAGAGAGGACUGAGAAGAAUUCUCAUCACGGUUGGGAACCACUGGAGGUACCAGAGGGCAAGCUGCAAGGCUACAGGGGUGACAGCAGCAGCUGCGCCAGGUUCCCCCCUCAAGAAGGAAGAGGCAUUGAUCAAGAACAGCUAAUCCAAGAAAAAAGGGAUCCUGCUGACUCAUCCCAGGUGAGGCCUUGUUCGCACUCACCUGGAACAGCCACCUGUGAGAGAGAAGGUGCACACAGCCUGGGUUGUCGUCCUGCAAGUCCAUCCGCUCAGCCCGGCCCUCCCCCAUGUAGAGCCUACCCCCCCGCGAUGCCUGCUGUUUCCUCAUCUACGCUUCACUCUCCUGAUGCUGUGCAGACCACUAACCAAAGCCUCCAAGCCAAAAGCCUCACAACUUUAUUGACUUCAAGAGUGGACAGAGGCAACAAGGAGCCCUGUAGGCCAGAGUUUCCGGGCACAAAAGGGCUUGUUCGCUCUCUAGCAGAGCAGUUCCAGAGGAUGCAAGGCUCUGCCCCAAGGGAUGGUGCAGGUUCCCAGGAUAGAAGUUUGCCAAAUAGUAUAAGGAAGAAUUCUUCCUCUUCUGACUCUAAGCCUCCCUUCCCCCAGGGUCAAGGCAAAGGGCAUUGGCCUUGGGCAAAACAGCAACCCUCUGUGGAUGGCAGGAACAGACUUCCUUCCCGGGAAGAGCCUGCUGAUCAUCCUUCUCUUGCCAUGAAUUCUGGGCUGCCUAAUGGUGAAGCUUCCUUGGGUGGACAGCCCAGGUUGGCAGAGGCAGGUAUGUACCAAGGGAAGCCAUCUCAAGUGAGAGAUGCUAGGCCUCAGGAGCCAGGCAGCAGUAGUGACUUGGGGACUUCCUUGCCUUUGGAUUCCUGGGUGAAUGUCACAAGGCUCUGUGAUUCUCAGCUUAAACAUGAGGUCCGUGGGCCAGGAAUGAAGUCCUUCCCCAACAAUCCCCAUGCCUGUGUAGCCUAUCCGGAAAGAAACCACAUCUUUCUUCAUCCACACUGGAAUCAAGACACAGAGCAGGAGACCUCAGAAUUGGAGUCUCUCUACCAGGCCAGUCUUCAGGCUUCUGAAUGGGGUCAGCAGGAUGUGGCCUGGCACCCACUUAACCAAACAGGCUCUGCAGAUGGUGUGGGGAGAAGGUUGCAUUCAGCCCCUGGCCUUGGUCUCUCAAAGACCCCAACAGCAGAAAUGGAGCAUAGUCUCCAUGAAGCCAGCCCAGCAUCUGCUUCUCAGGAUUCAUCAAACUCGAGGAAAAAGCCUUUGGAAACCGGGCACCGUUGUUCCAGCUCCUCUUCCCUCCCUGUCAUCCAUGACCCUCCUGUGUUUCUCCUUGGUCCCCAACUCUACCCACCCCAACCACAGUUCCUGUCCCCAGAUGUCUUGAUGCCCAGCGUGGCAGGGGAGCCCCAUAGACCCCCAGGAACUUCAAGGAGUGUCCAGCAGUUUCUGGCUAUGUGUGACAGGGGUGAAACUUCCCAAGGGGUCAACUACGCAGGAAGGACUUUGAACUACCGGAGUCUUCCCCAACGUUCCAGAUCAGAUGCCUCCUGGGGACCAUGGUCAGAGACCAAGCAGCAUACUGGCUCCAGAUUCCUGACUACUCGAGGGUGCACGUUUCAGCUAACUCACACUGCCAUGCUACCAGAAAGACACCAGGGCAUUCAGGUUCCUCAUGCUCAGUCCUGGGGGGAUCUUUUCCAUUUACCCUCCCACCCUCCCAUUGUUCACCCUGUGUCCCCACCAUCAAGCAGUCUUCAUGUACCCCUGAGGUCAGCUUGGAAUUCGGGUCCUGGUCCAGGGUCUCGAGCCCCUGGUCCUCGAAGAGUAGAUAUGCCCCCAGAUGAUGACUGGAGGCAAAAUAGUUAUGCCCCACAAUCUGCGCACAGGAGGACAGGGGGACAGGAGUUGCGGUUUGUUGUAGCGGAUGCCCCUGCAAGAAAGAUCAGCGCUAGAGCCCUGCAGCAGAGCAGGUGGUGAGGGUCACCCUUGCCCCUUCCUGGAGCCACAGUUUUCUCUAUUAAACUGGACUGUGGCAGAGUCGGUACCCUGCAUCCCUGCCAGGGUUGUGCGAGUCUCAUCUCACAAGGGGUGCCAAGAACCUCUAACAUGAUGUGGCUCUUUGAGAAGGAUUGUAUGAAAUUCCAAUAUCCAUUCAACCUAGCAAAAGGAAGCAGCUGCUGUUUAGGGCUUUCUUUGAGCCACUUUAAAGAUGAAUCCAUAUUACUCUGGACACUAGCCAUUCCUUAGGAUCUUAGGGUCACCAUUUUAUUCCUGGAUACUUUAUGCCCCCCAUCUGCACCUGAGCCCUCAUCCUGUGUUCCCUACUAUGUUACCAACUUCUGUUCUUUGUUUUAUCCCUAUCCUAUCCCUAUUACCUGAUCUCCUGUUUUUCCCCAAUCCCCUGUUCUUGGAUGGACAGGAAGCCCUGAGGUCCUGGUCCUGACCACAUCAUUCAGGGCAGCCCACCUGCCCAGGUAUUAUGGACUGUCAGCCUUCCCUGUGCCCCCAAACCUUAGGUCUAGAAUACAGAGCUGCCAACAUAACAUUUGCCCUCUGAACAGAUGGAGUCAGGCACACUAACAACCCCACCCCGUCUCAGCAGCAGAGCCAUUACUGUCACUUGCUCAGUCGCCAUUGUAAACCCUCAGAGUCAGCUGAACUAUUUUAGGGCCAAACAUACUGUUUUUGUAAAGUAUUUUUCAUUAAUAAAUCUAUAAGAUAGUUCUAUUUAA